CCUGCUGCGCUGCGGCUCUUGAGCGCCCCGGCCGCCGGCCCCCACCUUCCCGGCCCGCUCCUGUACUGGACGGAACAGCCGCUUUAGGGAGGAGGGAAAAGGACGUGGGGGCGGCCACGGCAGGGUUAACCUCCAUUUCAGCUAAUCAUGGGAGAGAUUAAAGUCUCUCCUGAUUAUAACUGGUUUAGAAGUACAGUUCCCCUUAAAAAGAUUAUCGUGGAUGAUGACGACAGUAAGAUAUGGUCACUCUAUGAUGCAGGUCCCAGAAAUAUCAGGUGUCCUCUCAUAUUUCUCCCUCCAGUCAGCGGGACUGCAGAUGUAUUUUUCCGACAGAUUUUGGCUUUGACUGGAUGGGGUUACCGGGUUAUAGCUUUGCAAUAUCCAGUUUAUUGGGACCAUCUCGAAUUCUGUGAUGGAUUCAGAAAGCUUUUAGACCAUUUACAAUUGGAUAAAGUUCAUCUUUUUGGGGCUUCUUUAGGAGGCUUUUUGGCCCAGAAAUUUGCUGAAUAUACUCACAAAUCUCCCAGAGUUCAUUCCCUCAUCCUCUGCAAUUCCUUCAGUGACACCUCUAUCUUUAAUCAAACUUGGACCGCAAACAGCUUUUGGCUAAUGCCAUCAUUUAUGCUCAAAAAAAUAGUUCUUGGAAACUUUUCAUCUGGCCCAGUGGACCCUGUGAUGGCUGAUGCCAUUGAUUUCAUGGUGGACAGGCUGGAAAGUUUGGGUCAGAGUGAACUGGCUUCAAGACUUACCCUGAAUUGUCAAAAUUCUUAUGUGGAACCUCAUAAAAUUCGGGACAUUCCUGUGACCAUUAUGGAUGUAUUUGACCAGAGUGCACUUUCAACUGAAGCUAAAGAAGAAAUGUACAAACUGUAUCCUAAUGCCCGGAGGGCUCACCUGAAAACAGGAGGCAAUUUCCCCUACUUGUGCAGAAGUGCGGAGGUGACUCUUUAUGUACAGAUACAUUUGCUGCAAUUCCAUGGAACCAAAUACGCGGCCAUCGACCCAUCGAUGGUCAGUGCCGAGGAACUCGAGGUGCAGAAAGGCAACCUCAGCAUCAGUCAGGAGGAGCAGUAGCUGGGGCUUUGGCUGGUGAUGAUGAGCAACCCAGCAUGUUCUUGUACAAUCAGUGACAUCAGUGCCCGCAGUCAGCCUCUCUCUCUGUUCAGUUCGUCAGGCUCACCGGUUAUCACUGUUGGGAAGUAGGACUGAUUGUCACCUUCGUGACAGGUGGCAGCUCUUCUAAGCCAGUGUAACCUUCCCUCUUUGGUUUUUUAGCUUUUGAAUUUGAAGAAGCACUUUUGAAGACUCCCAUUUUAAGAAUUGUGAAAAUUUUGCUACCAAAAGUCUUCACCAUUGUAUUCUUAUGUGAAUGUUAAUUUCUGAGGUUUGGGAUUUUGCAGGGUUUUUUUCCUUGUCUUCUUUCCUUUCCUUUCCUUUUUCCUUUCUUUCUUUUUAUGUUCUUUGCUAUAAAUACUGCGCAUCCAGACUGUGUAUCAGAAGGACAUGGGCUAUUGCUCUCUUGGUUGUCACCGUUCCCAGAGAAAUCAAAUACUUCUAAUUUCCAGUUAUGCAGAUUGUUUUGAGUUUAGCUGUUGUCUUUCUAGCCAUUACAGUCAUUUGGAAUAAAAAUUCAAUUUCAGUGAGUGGCUUUUAUGAUGAUCGUAGCUCCCCGACCAGGCUACGCAGACAUAGGACUUUCUGAGAAGCAGAUUGUGGUGUUUGCCAAUUUGGUGUAACUUUUGGUAAGUUACUUACUCUCUUAAGCACAGUUUGCUCAUUGCAAAAUAACAGCAGCUUUCAUUUAUUGAGCUGCUACUGUGUGCCAGGUAAUCUUCAUACCUUCUCUUUGUUCCCUUAAUGACAAAAUUUUAAACACACAUAAAGGAGAUAAAAUAAUAUCACGAACCAUGACCCACUCACCCAGCUUCAAGAAGUUACGAGUCAUGGUCAGUGUUGUGUCAUCUUUUACCCAACCCUCACUUCCACAUUUACUCCCAUCACUGGAUUACUUUAAAGCCAUUUCUUAUACCAUAUGGUUUUAUCUAUUUCUUUAUGUACCUUAAGAGAGAAAAUUUCUAUAAUGCCAUUAACACACUUUAAAGUGCACCAACAAUUCCUUCAUAUCAUUAGUCAAUGUUCCCAUUCAUGACUAUCUCAUAAACAUCUCUUUGACUUGUUCUAAUCAGCUUCCAUACAAAGUUCACACUUUGUAUUUGGAAUGUCUCUUGAAUCUCUUUUAAACUAUAAGUUCCUCUGCCCUCUUUUUUUUCUUGCCACUUAUUUGUUGAAGAAACAGCCUUGUUUGCCCUAUAGAAUUCACCACAGUCUGGAUUUGGCUGAUUGCAACUUCGCGGUGUCCUUAACUUGUUUCUCUGUCCCUGGUAUUCCCUGAUAUUUUCCAUAAACUGGUAGAUAGUUAUAUGUAGAGACUUGAGCAAGUUUGAGCUCAUUUUUGUUUUGGCAGGAAUGCCUCAUAGAUGGAGUUGUGUGCUUCCUGUUGGGAACUUCAGGGGGUGUAAUGUCUGUGUCUAGGUUCCUAAGAUCAGUAGGUGGCCCUAGGCAUUGUCAGCCAGAUCCAGUCAUUGGAAAAUUCCCCUGAUGGUUUAGCUGCCAUUGCUGUUCAUUGCACAGAAGCAUCAUUUCAUUAGGGGCUGCAGAACAGUGAUGAUACUCAAAUUUUCAUCAUCUUUAUCAGUCCACUGAUUUAACAAAAAAUAACUAUAACUUUCCCUCAUUAACUAUUUGGUUUCUCUGAGGGACAGUUUAGACAAAUCGGCAUCCAUGCUUCUUAACCUUUAAGUUUUCAGAAUAUUGAGUUGGCCAUAUUCUUUCGGAUUUUAAACUGACUUUACAGGUGGGGUCUCGGAGACUUGCUCAGCAUCCCACAGUAAGGAGCCAAGCUGGAAUGCUAAGCUGGGUCUGAUCUUCCCUAAAGCCAGUGAUCUUUCCAGAAAGGCCACAGUGUCUUCCCUGACUGCCUUGUGCCUCGACAAGUGUUGUGAAUCAUGGAAGCAGUUGAUGAACCAUGAAGGCAGGGCUUGCCGUUUUUAACUGUUAACAUCGAGUCUCGAGGCUGCCCUAGUUUCACUGUGUGCAUCGUAACUUCCCAACAAACGGAGCUCCUGUGGGCAAGGCCACUGUACACGUGGCCGGCAGAAACCCUUCACCCAGGCAGUGAUGAGCCAGGACUGCCCUCCACUUUCUUCUCAGAUUCCCCCUGCGAGCAGCCCCCUAACAGCUUUGGCUCCUCCCUGGCUCUACACCCUGAUGACGCCGUUUCCAGUCCUCACCAAUUCUGAGGGCUGGCCUUGAGUGCCUAUUCAGGCCUAUCUGUUGGGCAGUGUUCCACAGGCACCCCAGACUCUACUGGCAAAAGCCAUACUCAUGUCCCCAUGCCCAAACCUCUCCCAAACCCCAUCUCAGUUCCCAGCACCACUGUUCCUCAGAUUUUCCAGCUAGAAACUCAGCCCUCUUGGACCGCCAUCCCUGCACCUCCACCCCCAUGCCUCAGACGGAGGCAGGUGCUGAGAUGAAACUUUGGGUGCAAGAUGUUCAUUAAGGAUCAAAGCAAAGCAGGCUGUGGGAGGAGGAUGGAUUGGGCAGUUGAUGCAGGCUGAGGGAGGCGGGGCGCCGGGGCUACUGGAACGGGCUCAGUGGGGGGCUGAAAAGGGCCGCCCCUCUGCACACCCAGCCCCUCAGCCUUCCUGCCCCUCCAGCUCAUCUCCUCCCAUGCUUCCUGUGUUCCCACCACAGUUCUCCAGACAGAUACAUGUCCACACCUCCGUGCAAUUGUAUAGACUACUUUCUGCUUGGAAUGUGCUUUGCCUGCUUCUACCUUCUGGGUGAGCCUCUCUCCUUUCUCCCCCUUACCUUCUCCAAGGAAGACUAAACCCCAUGGCUCUCUGCAUACACCCUUACAGCACCAAACGAAUUCUAUUACAUUCUUGGUGUCUGAGCCCCUCACCGCCCCCUGACUCCCAGCAGACUAGACUGCCUGCACCGAGGACACUCGGUCAGUGCUGACGGCUGAUGGUGAGUUGAAAGGUUGGGAUUACACAGACAAUCCACAACAGCUUGUCUGGUUUGAAAUUGUGCCACAGAUCUCCCAAACAAAAGAAACAAGUAUUGAGAGCUACUUCAACAUUUCAUUUUUAUUUCAAGAACUUGCUGUUUUUGUCUCAAAAAAAAACCUCUACAAAAUUCAUCCAGAUAAAUGAUCUGAGUUCCACGUAGUACAAAAUAACCUUUCCCGAAUGGAAGAUGAAAGAGGAGGGUUUUGCACCUCAACACAGCGCGCAGAGGGUGGGAGCCCCUGGCACGGAGGCCGUGUGCUGGGCCGGGAUUGACCACGCGAACUGUGAGGCCUCAGGCAAGACACCUCUCAGAUCAUCAGGUCACUGCCUGUCAAAUGCCUGGUUUAAAAGCCUUUCUUUCAAAACUUUUAAUUUGUGGUCUUUUUUUUAUUAAUGGACCUUAUUUUUAAAACUGUUAGAAAACAGUACAGGGUCCCGUAUGCCCCUCUCCAUGGCAGUUUCCCCUGUAGUGCAUUCAUGUGAGCGUGAUGUUUGCGGGUUUAUCUGCAGGGUAAAUUCCUAGGUGUGGGGUUGCUGGUCCAAGGGGAAGGGUAUCUGUGAUUCUGGUGGACAGUGCCACACUGCCUUUCAGAGGAUCGGACCACUGUGAACGCCCACCAGCCAUGUGUUGUAGCUGAAACGCCUUUCAGCUCGAAUGACUUUUACCCAAUCUCCUUCCCAGGACUCCGGCCCAAUGGGUAACUUUGUGAGGAGUUUCUCCAAGCUGUGGGCUCCCCUGCUGGCAUCGCCAGCUGGGCCACAUGCACAAGGACUCAGAUUAGACAGAAAGAGCUUGCGGGCAGAACCGCCAGGCUUCCAGCACAGAUCUGUGACGCUCCAAAGUCACAUCUCCCUGGAACCACACUUUCGGGUUGGUGUGGCUGAGCUGCACAGUAACCUGUGCUUGCCUGUCACCCAGAAGUAAAACUCCAGACCAGCUGUGCCAUCCAAUAUGAUUGCCACUUGCCACAUUUCAAGUACUCGAUAGCCACAGGUAGCUAGUGGCAAACAGACUGUGUAGCAAAGACCCACAGCGUCCCCGUCAUCACAGAAAGUUCGGUUGAGCAGAGCUGCUCCAGAGAGGUGAGGCUUUGUAUGGGGCGAUAAAAAAGAGAAUGACAACUAAAUGCAAGGUGUGGUCCUGGACUGAAUCCUGGUCCAGAAAAAUGGCUCAACUGACUAAAUCUGAAUAAGGUCUUCAGAUAAGCUGACAGCAUUAUAUCAGUGUUUAUUUCCUGGUUUUGGAAAUUGUGCUCUAGUUAUGUAAGAUGUUAAUACUCGGGGAAGCUGUAUUGUGAAGAGUGUUUGGAAAUUCUUUGUAUUAUUUCCGCAACAUUUUUGUAAGUCUGAAAUGAUUUCAAAAAAUGUUUUAAAACUUAAAAAAAUUUCAAAACGAGAGUGUGUAACUCUUGGAACUGUCAAAGUGUACAAAUAAACUUGGGAACAAAAACAGCUAUGGAGAAAUCACAGCAUUAAUAAAAGCCAAUGAAUGAGUUCA